CAAUAAGUAGGUAUUGUUGGUUGGAAAGAUCCACCAUACAACUUAGCGGGUAACCCACGUGUUUUCAGUUUCUUACAAGUUUGGAGGAAUUCAGAAAAGCUUUGGCAGUAGUCAAUGAUCGAUGGAGGAUUGGUUUUGAAAAUUUCCCGAAUUUUGAAUUGAUUAUCAUUUAUGUUUUUACGGGUUGAUGAUUAGGGUAUGCAUAGCAAAUGAUACUAUAUUUAAUAUAAUAAGAAUAACACAUUUAUUUAGUUUUAAGUGGAAUUAAUGAACUAGAUCGAGUUGAUCUUUAGUAUUUGAUGAGUAAUUUGAGAAUGGAUGUUGUGGGUGUUGGAUUAAAAUGAUGGUGGUAUCUAAUACCGGUGGUAAAAAAAAAUUGAGUUUAGCAUAACCCCCGAAUGAUUCCAUUUGUGCGGGUGAUCAUUGGUUUAAUUUAUGAGUUUUAUAGCAGGGUAUUACACCUAUCACUAUCAAACAACAAAAAAAUUGAGUACUUAUCGAAUUACCGUAUCACUUAUAACAACCUCUUUGUUAUUUAAUGAUGGUGGCAAAAGAGUAUAUAACUUGUACAAUUUUAUCCUUUCUCCUAUUACGAAAAAAAAAACACCUUUAGUGACCAUAAACAAUUGAAUAGUGAGUUUUCAUAAAAUUUGAUCAAAAUCAGGAGAAACCCAUAUGAUCCGGGUCCGCCCAAGAAAAUAUACAAAAUUUGCCCCCGAUGGCCAGAUAGGUUCAAAAUCCAACUGAAUCGAUGGUUGAAUGUGUUGACAAUCUAACUCGAUCAUUAGCCAAUGGGUUGAGAUCCCUACCUAGCCAACCUGUCUAGCUCCACAGGUGGGACAAGAUGAGGGAUGUCUGGCAUGAGGAUGGGUGGCUUACCGUCUGGGCCAUGGGUGUGUAUGAUUUUCAACCCAUACGAACCAUGGUGUGACCCGAUUUUCAACCUGUCUGGUCUCAUUUUCUAAAACUUAUUUUCAAUUAAAUCUUUCCUUCCUUUUCAAGCAACUAACUACGAUGCUAUCGAGAUUGAUGAAUGUUGUGGCUUCGACGACCUCGCCGAAAUAAGUCUAAGCUCACUGAUGAAGAAGAGCGUUGUUGGGUUUUUGUUCACAAUUCUCCUAUUUUAACAUUUCUUCAACUAAUUAGAUCGUAUCUUUCAACUAAUUAGACUUAAUUACCCAUUAAAUUAUCAAUAUUUUUCAUUCUUAAAGCAUUUUCCUCUUUGUUUUAUGAUAUAAAGUACAGUUUUUAGUGCAUUUUUUUUUUCAAAUAACACACAAAAGUAUGUCAACUUACCCCGACCCGUUGCAUACCCCGUUAUCAGUGCGAGGUCGUUUAGAAGUUGUGAUUCUUCAAAUUGAUGUAUUGAGUCAAUUAAUGUAUUAUCAUUUGAUGUAUUAGACAAAUAUAUUGUUUGGAGGUUUUAGAUUGUGUUUUUGUUGUAAAGUCACAAAAGUCAAUUUUGAGUGAUUGUGAAAACUCUUAACAAAAAAUAGAGAUAAUCUCUCAAUUUUCAAUGAUUAUAAUGGAACCUCCAAAAAAUUAAUACAUAUAUAUUCUAACUCAAUAUAAACCAGAAAAAGAUUUAAUCUCACAAAUACAUAAUUAACUCUAUUUGAAAUCACAAAUUCCAAAUAUCUAACCUACCCGCCAUCACUAUUCACUACAUCUAACCUCCCCUCACUAAAAGAGAUAAAAUUGGGUCCUCAUAAACAAAAUUCGUUUCGGCUGAGCUGCUCCCCGUCGUUCGACGGCCAGAAAACAUGCAUUCCACCGUUUCGCUACUUCGCCCUUCCCUGCUCCCGCCACGCCACCACCGUUAUCUGCAGCUCGCUGCAGCAUCUCCGGACGGUUUUCCUCCGCCGCUGCUUUCGAGUUUUCCUUCCAAGAAAUUUCGCUCCCAGCCUCCCGGUCCAAGCUUUCGCGCUCCGGUUCCACUCCACCGAACUGCUACUCUGGAGGCCGUUGAAACUGCCGAGAGCGUUUCGGACUUCGUCGAAGUUGGGUAUCUAUCCAGCGUCCACGGACUUCAUGGAGAGAUUUGUGUAGAGCCCACCACGGAUUUCCCUGAACUCCGAUUUUCUGAGCCCGGGAGAAGAUGGUUGAAGCAAUCUGUUAACGGUAAAGAAGUGAUUCAAGAAGUUGAGCUGCUGGAAGGGAGAGAAAACCCUGGGAAGAGGAGUUGGGUGCUUAGACUUGGAGGAUUUGAGACAGUUGAUGAGGCUAGGCAACUAAUUGGAUCGGCUUUGCUAGUCAGAGAAGAUGAUAGACCUGAACUGGAGGAAGGGGAGUUUUAUACUCGUGACCUGGUUGGGAUGAAAGUAAUUCUCAAGGAUACAUCUAAAUGUGUGGGAACUGUUGUUGACGUUUUCAACAGUGGGGCAUGUGACCUUUUAAGAGUCAUGCUUUACUCAGCAACAGAUGCAAUUGAUGGAACUAAAACUCCGGUGAUUGAAGAAACUGGUGUCUCUGGCCCUCUUGUGUGGGUGCCAUUUGUUGAAGCAAUUGUUCCAGAUGUCGACAUGCACAAAAGAGAAAUGUGGAUCACACCCCCGAAAGGACUUCUCGAGUUGAAUGUACGCUCGGAUGUGAGGUCUAAGAAGGAAAGGCGCCAGCUUGAAUGGAAAGAAAGAAAAAGGCUCCAGCGACAGCUUAUAGCUGCCAAAAAAAAGUUAAUUGACAUAGAGCAAAAACAUGUAUUUGAUGGACUCAGAUAUGGAGAAAAGUCACAGAGGAGCUUUUUGGCAGAUGAAAUUGUCGCAGUAAAUUCCAAUCUCCUUCAGCAUGCGCUAAAGGAUGUUGGGAUGUCAUCUAACAGGUUGAGUACAACUGAAUUAGUUGGUGCAACAAGAGCCAAGAUAAAGAAUGGUUCUUUUAAGAUUUCCAAGGCUAAGCUUAAUACCAGCAUCAGUGUAAAUGAUUUGGGAGCCAAUUUGCGUUUUCAUGAAAAUGGAUGCCAUCUCUUGUCCGAAGGAAAAAUCGGAAUUGUCUUGGUUUUGAACCAUCAACUUGUUGACUCAAAAAGCAGUGAGACUGAAAAUCCACUGUAUACAUCACUUACCAAAACACUUUCCGAUGGCCAGAUAUUUGUAAAGAUGGAAGACCGUGGAUCUGUCCCUUUGGUUUUGGUUUGUCCAGAGCAAGAGAUCCAGCCUCUGAAAGUACUAUUUUCAAGCAACGACUUUUUUGGAUUCGACUGCAAUAAGGUUUGGUUUCUGGAGGAGGAGAAGCUUCCUGUUGUUACUAGUUCUACAGACGAAAAUAGCUGGAAUAAAAUCUUGAUGAAGUCUCCAUGGGAAAUGCUAAAGUCACCUGUUGGGACUGGAGGUGUUAUUCAGUUGCUUUCAUCGCACAACAUUUCCAACACCCUCAGUGAAAUGGGUGUCAAAUAUAUCGAGGUUUGCAGCACUACCAAAAUGUUUGGCGGCUGGAAUCCUCUGUUGCUGGGACUGGUUGAUUUACAGGGAGCAGAUGUUGGUUUCCAGAUCUCCCAAGAUUUGAGCCAUGUAGAAGAGAGUUUCGACUUGAUCUUUUCUGUGGACUUCGUCAAGUCAUUGGCGAAACAGAUGGAUAAACUCCAUUUCGAGGCGAUCCUGAAGGCAUAUUCGCACGUACAGCUGGUUGAGAAAGAGUGGGUAGAUAUUGUGCCGUCGUCUCCAAACUCGUAUGAACUCCGAUGUUCAAUUUACAGUUGCAUAAAUGCCUGCCCCCUGGACAAAGUCUGUAUCAUGGAAAUAGUAGAAUAGUUUCUCCAGAAAAAUUCCUGUUUGGUGUCAAAGAAAAUUUGAAAUACAUAGAACAGCCACCUAGUUUCUAUGCUUAUUACUCGGUGAGCAUUUCAGAGUCUGGAAUGAAUUGAGCUAACAUGGUUAUAGCCAUUUAUUACUGGUGUGAACUGUGACCAUCGGAUCUUACGAGGACUCUUGUACAACAGUGUAAUAAGAAAAAGAAUUUAUAUGGUGCAACUUAAACAGUUCAUCACUGCUGUAUUUUACUUUAAGAAAACCAGUCAAGAUAGAUAGGAGCGACUCAGCGUGUGAAUGAUAAUGUAGUAGGUACUGAUAUCCUAUAGCUGAGCAGAGUAUUAGAUGGUUCACUUCUACGAAUUGGAGCAUUGGCGCCAAAGAUCAUUACUUGGUUGCUAUCCACAGUUCAACAGAAGAGCAAGACAUCUUCAUCGCGCUGAAUAUGCAUUGGUCGGUAAGUUGCAAUGAUGGAUGAUGGACUCGAAGUGACACAAUAUCACCAAGGUGUAUGAUCGACUUAGCUGGAGUUUCGUUGAGUCCACCCUGAGAGCGACAGAUCUCCCAUUGUAUCUCCUCUCCGAAGUUCGAGGUGCCCUGGAAUGGGAAGGCUACAGAGGGGUUCACUCCCUCUAGGAGAUUGAGACAGGGUUGUCCUCUAUCUCUGUAUAUUUUCACUCUAUGCAUGAAACGACUCGGCCACAUCAUCUCUGCAGCCGUUGCCAACGGGAGCUGGAAACCUAUACGACUGGUGAAAAUGGUAUGCCCCUGUCCCACCUUUUUUUUUUUUGUGUGCUUACGAUCUGAUUUUAAUGGCAGAAGCGUCGGGGGAGCAAGCAAGGGUCAUCGAUGACUGCUUUGCAACCUUCUGGUCGGCCUCGGGUGAGAUGGUUAGGAAGGAGAAGUCCAAGGUAUUCUUCUCUAAGAAUACCAAAUGUACUCUCUGCCAGCCCAUCAGCCAUAUCCUGGCUAUACCCAUGACACAUGACAUGGGCAAAUACCUCGGAGUCUCUAUCUGUUUACACCUAAAAUAUUUUUGGCCUAAAUUCAAUGCCGUAAUAAUGAGUAUCGACAUUUAAUUCGAUACCGCUGGCCAAAACGAUGUCAUUUGGAGUCGAGCAAUACCACGGAGAAUUUAAGCGGUACCGCGAAGAGGCUCGGCGGUACCGCGGUACUUGAAACGACAUUGGUUGCAGACCAUGUGUGAGUCAUGCGCAGGACAUGUGUUACUGUUGGACAAGGAAUGUUUUUUAUUCUAUUUUUUCUUGUUGGAGAAGCAGAGUAACAGCACCGUUUAGAGUCAAGCAAUGCUGCGAAGAGAUAAAACGGUGCCGCGAACCUCAAAGCUCAACGGCGCCGCGACAAGCGGCAUCGUGAGACUGGGAAACAGUGUCGUUUGGCUAAAAACGGCACCGCGACAAGCGGCAUCGCGGAUGAGUUAAAACGAUACCGCGAAACAAAAAACGGUACCGCAAGGAAGCUCAGCGGUACCGCGGCACUGGAAACAACACUGUUUACCAGAAAAUAAGAUGUGGGCCGCGCGUUUAGUAUUGGUGUUGGAAAAUGAGUUUUUUAAUUAAUUAUUAUUUUUAUUCCUUGUCGGAGAAGGAUAAAAAAUAGCAUCGUUU